AUGCAACAGGGAGACACUUCCAUAAAACCUGUCCUCCAGGUCAUUAACAUCCGUCCCAUCACUACAGGGAAUAGUCCACCCCGUUAUCGACUGCUUAUGAGUGAUGGAUUGAACACUCUCUCCUCUUUCAUGUUGGCAACACAGUUGAACCAUCUUGUUGAGGGAGAACAAUUGUCUAGCAACUGUAUUUGCCAGAUUAACCGAUUUAUUGUUAACACUCUGAAAGAUGGAAGGAGAGUAAUUAUUUUGAUGGAGUUAGACAUUUUGAAAUCAGCCGAAGCAGUUGGAUUAAAGAUUGGCAAUCCCGUGCCCUAUAAUGAAGGACACGGGCAGCAGCAGGUAGUUCCUUCUCCGGCCUCAGCAGCCAACCCACCAGCCAGCAAGCCCCAGCAACAGAAUGGGAGCUCAGGGAUGGGUAAGCUACUGUCAUACUACUUCGGUAUAAGAAAGACUAUAGGAAGAUAAUAGGGCACCCUUUUAGACAUUUCCCACGUAAGACUGAGCACUAACAUAAUCUGUUUGGUUUCUAGGUGGACUAUCUGUGCUCGAGUUACCAACAAAAGUCAGAUCCGUACCUGGAGUAAUUCCCGGGGGGAAGGGAAGCUCUUCUCCCUAGAACUGGUUGAUGAAAGUGGUGAAAUCAGAGCUACUGCUUUCAACGAGCAAGUGGACAAGUUUUUUCCCCUUAUUGACAUGAACAAGGUCUAUUACAUCUCUAAAGGCACCCUGAAGAUUGCUAACAAACAGUUCACAGCUGUUAAAAAUGACUAUGAGAUGACCUUCAAUAAUGAGACUUCCGUCAUGCCCUGUGAAGAUGGUCAUCAUUUACCAACAGUUCAGUUUGAUUUCACAGCGAUUGGUGACCUGGAGAAUAAGUCUAAAGAUUCUCUGAUAGACAUAAUUGGGAUCUGCAAGAGCUAUGAAGAUGCCACCAAAAUCACAGUGAAAUCUAACAACAGAGAAGUUUCGAAGAGAGACAUCUAUUUGAUGGACAUGUCAGGGAAAGUGGUGACCGCUACUCUGUGGGGAGAAGAUGCUGAUAGAUUUGAUGGUUCUAGACAACCUGUGAUGGCUAUCAAAGGAGCCAGAGUUUCUGAUUUUGGUGGACGGAGCCUCUCUGUACUGUCUUCAAGCACGGUCAUUGUGAAUCCUGACAUCCCGGAGGCCUAUAAGCUUCGUGGAUGGUUUGACUCUGAAGGACAAGCCUUAGAUGGUGUUUCCAUCUCUGAUCUAAAGAGUGGAGGAACAGGAGGUAGCAACACCAACUGGAAAACUCUGUAUGAGGUUAAAUCAGAGAACCUAGGCCAUGGUGACAAGGCCGACUAUUUUAGCUGUGUGGCGACAGUUGUGUUUCUUCGCAAAGAGAACUGUAUGUAUCAAGCCUGCCCAGCUCAGGACUGCUUUAAGAAAGUGAUUGAUCAACAGAAUGGAUUGUACCGCUGUGAGAAGUGUGAUAGUGAAUUUCCCAGCUUCAAGUACCGCAUGAUCCUGUCAGCAAAUAUUGCUGAUUUUCAAGAGAAUCAGUGGGUCACCUGUUUCCAGGAGUCUGCGGAGGCCAUCAUUGGACAAACCACUGCUUAUAUUGGGGAGUUAAAAGAGAAGAAUGAGCAAGCAUUUGAGGAAGUUUUCCAGAAUGCCAACUUCCGAACUUUCAUAUUCAAGAUCAGGGUGAAACUAGAGACCUACAAUGAUGAGUCUCGAAUUAAGGCCACUGUGAUGGACGUGAAGCCCGUGGACUACAGAGAAUAUGGCAAAAGGCUGAUCAUGAACAUCAAGAGAAACGCACUGAUGAUGUGAGCAGAGCAGUGCUGAUUGGGCAGAAGUUUGAAAAAGCAGAGUUGAAA